AUGUCAGGCACUGCCAUUGACGACGAUGACCAGCAGGCCAUACACACAGGACCCAAAGGGGUGAUCAAUGAUUGGAGGAAGUUCAAACUGGAGAGUGUGGACCAUGAGAGCACCCCACAGCAAAAGAGAGAGCUCCUAAGGCAGAUGUCCAACCCCAAGCCCACUGAGGACACUCGUGAAAGACUCUACCGCAAGAUGAGCGUUCAGGAGUACGAGCUGAUCCAGGAGGAGGACGAGAGGUGUCUGCGCAAGUACCGCAAACAGUGCAUGCAGGAGAUGCACGAACGCCUGAGUUUCGGCCCCAAGUUUGACGGCGUCUUUGAGCUGGAAAGCGGCGAGGCCUUCUUGGACGUCAUCGAGAAGGAACAUCGCCUCACACUGGUGGUGGUGCACAUCUACGCCGAUGAUGUCAAAGGCUGCGAGGAGCUCAACAGCUGCCUGACUUGCCUGGCUGCCGAGUAUCCCAAUGUCAAGUUUUGUCGUAUCCGUGCCGCCGACACUGGAGCCGGAGAACGCUUCUCUGACGACGUGCUACCCGCCCUGCUGGUCUACAAAGCCGGCGAGAUCCUGGGCAACUUCUUGUGCAUAACGAAGCACUUCAAUGAGGAGUUCUUCGCCACCGACGUGGAGGCUUUCCUAAAUGAGUAUGGCCUUUUGCCAGAGAAAGAAUUUGCAGCCUGCCCAGAUGAUGAGGAAGAAGCAAAUGUGGAAUGA